AUGAGUCCAGCUUCCGAUAGAUUAAAGCAAACUUCAUCCAUUCUUUCCAAGUCUGUUGAGCCAAAGGCCGACAGCCCAUUCAAGGUCACUGUUAUCGGUUCCGGUAACUGGGGUACUACAAUUGCUAAGGUUGUUGCUGAAAACUGUGCUUUGAGACCAAACUUGUUUGUCAAGAGAGUUGAUAUGUGGGUUUUCGAAGAACAAAUUGACGGCGAAAAGUUGACUGAAAUCAUCAACACACGUCACGAAAACGUCAAGUACCUACCGGGUAUCAAGCUGCCUAACAACUUGGUUGCCAACCCAGACAUUGUUGAUGCUGCUAAGGAUGCUGAUAUUCUAGUGUUUAACAUUCCUCAUCAAUUUUUGCCAAAGGUCUGCUCUCAACUAAAGGGUAAGAUUAAGCCUCAAGCUCGUGCUAUUUCCUGUUUGAAGGGUUUUGACGUCGGUAAGGACGGUGUCAAGCUAUUGUCUACAUACAUCAAGGACACUUUGAACAUUGAGUGUGGUGCUCUAUCCGGUGCUAACUUGGCUCCAGAAGUUGCUAAGGAAAACUGGUCCGAGACCACUGUUGCAUACCAAAUUCCAGAAGAUUACAAGGGCGCUGGUAAGGACGUCGACCACUCUCUAUUAAAGGCUUUGUUCCACAGACCAUACUUCCACGUUAAUGUCAUUCACGAUGUUGCCGGUAUUUCCGUUGCCGGUGCUCUAAAGAACGUUAUUGCAUUGGGUUGUGGUUACGUUGAAGGUCUAGGAUGGGGUAACAAUGCUAGUGCAGCUAUCCAAAGAGUUGGUCUAUCAGAAAUGAUCACUUUCGGACGUAUGUUCUUCCCAGAAUGUAGGGUCGAAACCUUCUACAAGGAAUCCGCCGGUGUCGCUGAUUUGAUCACAACCUGUGCUGGUGGUAGAAACGUCAGAGUUGCUAAGCACAUGGCCAUCACAGGUAAGUCCGCUUUGGAAGCCGAAAAGGAACUAUUGAACGGUCAAUCUGCACAAGGUAUUAUCACUACAAAGGAAGUGCAUGAAUGGCUAGAAACUUGCGGUAAGAUCAACGAAUUCCCAUUAUUCGAAGCUAUUUACCAAAUCACAUACGGUAACGCAUCUAUGGAACAAAUUCCAGAGAUGAUUGAAGAAUUGGAAUGCAUUGAUUACAACGUCAAGAAGCACUAA